AUGUGUCCUCUGAGAUUCAUCUUGGUGUUCUUUUCAGCGAUUCUUGCAGGAUAUUGUGCAUGGAGGACGGUUCGUUCUUCUCCCGGAACUGACAUCAACUCACAGGAUUCGACCGAUGAAAAUAUACCAACCAAAAAAGAAGAGUUCAAUUUGAGAAUGAUGACUCAGAAUGUCUUCUGGGUACUUGUUGACAUGGCCAGCGGGAGAUACUUGUGGAGGAAGAUGAAACAAGAGCAAGUCAAAACUUGUUAG